CUUGGCUUUGACUUUGGCUUUCUAUCUGCUCCUCCAACAGGACGCCUAUUCAUACACAGCAUAUCGCCAGACGGCCAUAGCCAACAUGGACCUUAUCGAAAAUCUCGCCAAGCAGGCGUCCCAGCUGACGAUGUACGAUGUCAAAUCGUACUACAACCAAGCCAAAAAUGCCGUCCUUAACAUUAGUGAGAUGGAGGCUAAGGUGCGAGAAGCCACAAACGACGAUCCUUGGGGAGCCAGCUCUACAUUGAUGCAGCAAAUCGCAGAAGGGACGCAUAACUUUGCUCAAUUUAAUGAGAUCAUGCCUACAAUCUAUUCGCGCUUCAUGGAAAAGGAGGCCCGAGAGUGGAGACAGAUCUACAAGGCCCUGACGUUGCUUGAAUUCCUCGUGAAGAACGGAUCUGAGCGUGUUGUUGACGAUGCCAGGGCGCACGUCUCGACUAUUAAGAUGCUUCGAAGUUUUCAUUACAUUGACGAGAAGGGUAAAGACCAAGGAAUCAACGUGCGUAACCGAGCAUCCGAAAUUGCCCUUCUCUUGGGCGACGUCGACAAGAUCCGUACAGAACGUCGUAAGGCUCGAGCCAACAGAAACAAGUACCAAGGUGUUGGUAAUGAUGGCGGUAUGAGCUUUAUGAGUUCGACUGGCAGCCGAUACGGAGGUUUUGGGAGCGAUUCUGUAGGCUCGGGAUCGAGUGCUGGCAGAUAUGGCGGUGGUGAUGACUUUAGAUCCUCAUCUCGAGGGUUCCGGGACACUUCAGCGCAGCAGUCGCAGUUCGAUGAGUACGAGGGAGCAGAUGACUUUGACGACCAACCUCCUAGGCGGACAACUUCUAUCUCUAGGUCAACGGCCCAAGCACCUCCGAAGCCGGUAGCCAAGGAGAAGGAAGUUGAGAAGCCCAAGGAGAUUAACUUGUUUGACUUUGACGAUGAGCCUGUGGCUGCUCCUGCUACUGCAUCAGCAGCAACAGCUAAUGCAGCCCCUGCUGUUGGCGGUGACGAUGAAUUUGAUGACUUCCAGUCUGCCGUACCAGCACCUGCUCCGGCUCCAGCUCCUGCUGCUAAGCCCGCCAACACGAAUGUCUUUGACCUUCUCAACCCCGCUACUUCCUCUACACCCACUUCUGCCCCUUCCAUCUCGACGCCUGCGUACUCCCCUCCUGCGUCAAAUUCAUCCGGCCCCACAUUUGGUUACGGCGCCAUGUCACCGCCCCUUAACGCCGCUCCUUCCAUUCCUUUCUCCAACGCAGCCAAACCCCCUGCUUCUUCUACUCAUCCGUCUUACACUUCUGCCUCUACUCCUUCCGCCCUCUCCCCUAAGCCUACCGGCGGUUCUUCCAACUCCACCUUCGAUGAUCUCUUUGCCUCUUCCCUGUCCUCCAUUGGCAAAUCUAGCACGGCGCAGUCCCAAAACCGAGGGGGUAAGACAAUCAAGGAUCUUGAGAAGGAGAAGAUGGUCAACAGCUUGUGGGGUUCAACUCCCUCUGUUCCUUCUCAAUCGACUCAGCCUGCCCAGCCUGCCCAGCCUGCUCAACCCAAGGCUAGCGGAAACUUUGAUGACUUGUUGCUGUAAAAGAAUUGUACAUAAAAAUCGGACUUGUUGAUAAGAUGGACUCGAAAAGGCAUGCAUGUUCUGGAUUUAGAUUCCCAAAUGUUGCUUGUUCCAUGAUGUGCGGAAGAAAGCUUUGGGCAAGUGAACAACCAAUACGAUGACCAGCAGCGGGCGUCAUGAUAGCAAACGUCGCGCAUGUAGAAACACUAUAUGCAUUGCCCAAAAAUUUAUGC